AUGAGGCCGGGUGAAACACUUUCUGUCAUUGCCUGCAGCCCAAUAGGCUGGGACUCCCAUCUUUCUAGAAUCCUCUUCCUGCUGCUGUUAUCUGUGGUCUCAGCCCAGGGGGUCACCCCAAAUCCAGACGCCUGCCUGGUGUCCCACUCGGGUAACGGCAGCUCCAUCUCCUGCCAACCACCUGCCAGACUCCCCCACUACUUCCCAGCUGACACCGUCUACCUGGCCGUGGAGUUCUUCAACCUGACUCAGCUGCCUGCCAACACCCUCCAGGGCAUCCCUAACCUCCAGGAACUGCACCUUUCCAGCAACCAGCUGGAGGACCUCUCCGCCAAGUUCCUGCUGCCUGUGCCUCAGCUAAAGGUGCUUGAUCUGACCCGCAACGCCCUGACCCGGCUGCCUCCUGGCCUCUUCCAGGUCUCAGCUGCCCUCCACACCCUGGUGCUGAAGGAAAACCAGCUGAAAGUUCUGGAGGCCUCGUGGCUGCACAGCCUGAAAGCCCUGCGGCAUCUGGACCUAUCCGGGAACCAGCUCCAGACGCUGCCCCCUGGGCUGCUGGCCAAUUUCACCGACCUGCUCAUCCUUGAUCUUGGCAAUAACCAGCUGCAGACUUUGCCCCCUGACCUUCUGAGCGGCCCCUUGAGGUUGGAACGGCUGCACCUCGAGGGCAAUAGGUUGCAGGAGCUCGGAAAGGGCCUUCUGGUGCACCAGCCAAAACUGCGCUACCUCUUCCUGAACAACAACAGGCUGGCCACGGUGGCAGCCGGCGCCUUCCGAGGUCUGCAGAAGCUGGACAUGCUGGACCUCUCCAACAACUUGCUGACCACCGUGCCCAAGGGGCUCUGGAUGUCCUUGGGGAAGGCUGCCGGAAACAUGAAGGAUGGCUUUGACCUCUCAGGUAAUCCCUGGAUCUGCGACCGGAAACUGGAUGACCUCUUUGAGUGGCUGGUGGCCAACGAAGGCAAGAUGUUCUUCCGCAAUGACACACGCUGUGCUGGCCCUAAAGCCUUGAAGGGCCAAAUGCUCCUAGUGGUGGCCAGGUCCCCUUGA